UAACACAUCGUAGUGCCGGGCUCACGUUAGUUUCAAUCUAAAAAUUAUUAAAACGGAAAUACGAAACAUUAAAGUGUUUAUGGAUAAAAUUUUACGUAAAAUGACCAAUUAAUAAAAAGGAAAAGAAACAAAUGCCAUAGAGGAAAAAAAAUUAACAAAUUAAAAAAAAAAAAUAAACAAAACUAAAAUGCAGUGAUUUAUAGAUUAUUGGUGUUUGAGUUAGGGACCAUUUUUUUUUAAAUUUUUAUAAAAGAGAAUAAAUAAUCUGAAGGAAAAAAUUAUAAACAAAAUUUGUGAAAUAUAUAAAAGCAUCUAAAAAGAUUUAGUAAAUUAAACAAAAAUGUUCACUACACCAAAAAAGCAAAAACAACAGCAAAAUAUUUCCAAUAUGGAUGCUAAGGAUAAUAACCCCCAUCUUGGUCAUUUGACAACAAACACCCCUAACUCAGCCACCAUGAUGACUAUAACUACAACAGCAGCAACUACUACUGCAACAUCCACCAUUAACUCGGGUAUGAUGGUUGCAUACGACAAUGAUACGCCAAAUUCUAAAUUUCAAGGAACAUCAUCGGCCACAUAUCUGGCAGUACCGGAAAUAGUGAUUAGCUCAAGCUGCAGCACGAACAGCUUAAAUCGCAUGACCUCCACCAUGGCCAACUCGGAGGAUAUGGCUGUGGAGAGUACGGCUUUGUUGGAAACAUCCUUGACAUCCACAAAUUCCAAUGGCGGCGAGGAACGCCUAAAUGACAACCGCCAUCCUCUAAAUGACCCAGAGGAAUUGUCUGGCUCUGAGCCUCAUAUGCUGGCUGAUGAAUUUGAGCAAUUCAUACUAAAUCGCACCACAUCGGAUAGUAACAUUUUGGAAUCGAGUAUUUACAGUGAAUUGCAAUUUCCACCCUCAUUACAUGGUGGCAGCAUUAUCAGUGGUUUGGCAAGCCAAGGCGGGGGCUAUGUAAGCAGUAGUGGCGGGCCCAUUACCGCCAAUUCUCCCCAAGUGGCGGGUCCACAGACCCCAGCAGCACCAAGUGGCCGGGCCACAAAACGCACUAAGCGAAAACACAAGACCAAGACCAAAUGUACGGCCACUGCGGCCCAGCUGGCGGCAGCUGCCGCGGCCAGCCAAAGGGCCUCACCCACAGGCCAUUAUCCACCACGUUAUACGGCCAUUUUUAUGGAUCAACAUCACAGUGGCCAUCAUCAUCAUCAUCAGUAUGGAAAUGUUAUGUCGGCUCAUCAUCACAGUGGCAACGCUGCCAAUGCAUUGGGACAAAUUGCAAGUGCGGCAGCGUCUUCGCCCUUUCUGAAUGCACCGGUGGCCGCCGCAGAUGCGGGUGCAGCAGCGGCUGCAGCCUAUAUGCAACAGUUUCAGUAUUUCCAGCAAAGACCCAUGGUCACAAGCAUGGCGCCACUGGGAGGUGGCAGUCAUCGUAGACAUCAUAGAUCCCUGUUUGAGGCUACCACCACUACAACCAAUGCCUUUGGUCUUGAUAAUCCUUUGACUGUGCUCUCCAAUGGUUCCACACCCUCGGUACCUGCAGGCACUGGUAUUUCGCCACCAUUGCGUUUAAGUUUUCGCAAAUGGUUUUCGCGUCCCUCACUGCCAUUUGUCAUAGGUAUAUUGGCUUUGGGAGGAGUAGCCUGCACUUUGGGAGGCAUUGUCUUGGGUUCCACAGGUCUCAUAGAACACUCUACCCAAUAUUUGAGUGCCGCUUUGCUUAUGAUUGGCAUUGGGGUUUCGCUAUUGGUUAUAUCGGGAGCCAUUUGGCGCCUUAGCCUGCCGGAUGAUGUGGAGGAGUGUCCGUGUUAUCGUCACAUGGAAAUGUGUCGCAAUUGUAAUAGUCCCUAUUGUAAUAGUCGCCUAAUGGCGGGUGGAUUUUUGUAUCCGGAAUUCCAACAUAGACCACCGCCACCUUCGUAUUUGACUUCGCUGAAUGAAUGUGCUGGCAUGAGUUUGUUAUUCCAUCCCACAGCAGCGGCGCCCCAAACUACACACUACAAUGCAGUAAGAGUGAACACACCGCCGCCGUUAUACCGCUCCACCAAUUCACUGAGUGUUUUUGGCUCCAAUUCUACUACAGCUGGCAAUGGCAAUGCAUUACAAUCCACCAACUUAGUUCCUACAUUAAACAGGCCUGCAGCUGGCAACUCUGUUGGCAUUGUGCCGGAUCACAGUGUUAUAACAAUGAGUACGGUCAUGGAAAAUCUGCAAGCCCAAACACAGCCCUUGAUCAAGGAAUUCAAUUAUUUGGAGCUGGAUUAGAUAAACAAAAGCCCGUAGAAA